AGUACUGCUUUAUAAAUAUUGUUUCAAUUGAAUGUCGAUUAAUGUAUAGAUUUUGUAUGUUAAAAAGUAAAAUGAAGUGUUUUCUGAUACUCCUGUUUUGUGGAAUAACACUCGGAAAAGAUGCAACAAACUCUUCUACGUUCAUUGCUACGAAUGAAUGGCAAGUUGUAAAAGAAGGCCAAGUGAUUCCACAAGGUUUGCAUAUUCGAAUAAACCUCAGUACAGGAUUAAAGGAAGCAAAACUACUUGUUGAGAAUAAAUCAAAUGCUUUAUCAAUCACCAAAAAUGAAAAUAUUGAGAAUGAAUCUAAAUUUAAUAACCAAGAAUUGAAAGAAGCUUUGCAGAAUAUAAAAAAUGAGAAUCCAUCACACGAUGAUAAAUAA